AUGGUGAACAGAUCUGAAGACACCAGUAAACUGAAGGCAUUACCUGAACUUGACUUUGGUGUGAAGAAAUAUGCGAAGGUGGUUACAUUUGAAGAUGACAAAAAAGUAAGAGAAAAUCCUGAAGUUGCAGAUUUGGCAGUUUUUAAGUUACCAAAACUUCAUCUUUCCGCAGGAUCAAAUACAGGUCUUCAAACCGGAGAAGAAAUUGGAGAAAAUCCUCAUUUGAAUAAAGACGAAUUUUACACUUCAGACAUUAGAAGAGACACAGAGAACCACCAUCCCAAAACAGAUGAAGCUAAAAAUUUAAAUGAAAGUUUUCCGCGAUUGCUGAAAAACUACGAAUUCCAACGGGAUCUUAGAUAUACACAGUGCUCGCAAAAACUCUCACGCAUAAAGUAUUCCUAUUUUCAAAGGUUCCCUUCGCCUCCGCCUUUAAAUAAGAGAGAGAGAUUGAAAAUGGAAUUGGAAAAGAUGAAACCGAAAAAAAAGGAAAAAGCCCUCGAGCCGGGGAGCCUGAGAACGAGGGAGGAAUACACGAAGAUUUUUAUAUCACUGAAAAAGGUUCAGAAGAUGUUUGUGGAAAAGCAUCACCUCUCGUGUCGCCCUUUAGCUAAUUCUCCGUUUUUUAUGGAUUGA